AUGGUCGCAACUGGUAUCUCCGUCGGAAGACUUGGAAAGAGAGGUUUCCCAACAACAAAGAGACCUAAGGUCCAAAAGACAAAGAAGACCUCCAAGCACAGAGUUGUCAAGGAUAUUGUUGAAGAGGCUAUCGGUAUUGCUCCAUACGAAGCAAGACUUAUUGAUCUUAUCGAAAUGUCCGAAAAGAGAGCUUUGAGAUUUGCCAAGAAGAGACUUGGCUCUCUCACUCGUGCUAAGAAGAAGCUCAGAGCUGUCGAAGAUCUCAAGAGAAGAAUCAAGAGAAGACAACAAGACAGAUUGAACGAACAACAAAAACUCCAAGGAGCUACUACUACCACUCAAAAGUAA